UGUCAAACGUGCGUAUAGCCAAAUGCCAGACGUAUUAUAUAGUCAACGACCAGGAUCAGCUAGUAGCUAAUGUGCGUUUCCAGGGACUGACAACGAUAUUAAGAUAUCGACGAUAAAUUUGCUGUAAAACUGGCUGUAAACUGAGGUGAAAAAUGAAGAACGCAGGGAUAUUAUAUCUGUUACUAGAGCUGACUUUGCUUCCUCCAUUCUGCGAAAGUAAAAAAUGUAACUUACUGCCAGCCUGCAUGUCACAAAGAUAUUGUUUGGAAAGAUGGAACGAUGUCUCCGAAAAAGCUGGUUUUAAGGAAUGGUAUCAUGUCACCCCAAAUCAUUCUUUUAUCUUGUGCGGGAUCUACAAGAAUGCUUCAGACUGUAUUGAUGAUGUCAAACAAAUAGAUGAUCAAGCCAGCAGUUGGACAGCAGAUUUAUUUUGUGUUUCCUCUUAUCCAAUGGUUAUUCUUGGGUUGAUGCAAGUUGUUACCCUGAUGAUGUGCUUAAUAAUAUACAAAGGUAGGAAAGGAAUACAAGAGAAAGAAUCUGCCAAACAUCAAAAGGAUUCAUGGAUCAAGGAAACACCAACAAAUGAAGACAAAAGUGACAGCUGUCCAAAGGCUGUUGAGGACUCAAACAUCGAUAGACACAGAAAUAAAUCAGUUGAGUCAAUUUCCAAGUCGAACAUUAACAAUGGCAGCAUAACAGGCAACAUAACAAUAAUAAAUGGAAACGCAAUCUACUCUACAAAGAGGAGUCCACGCUUCUGCCGUUGCAGAAAUGUAAUAAAUCAUGAGAAUAUUGAAAGUGAUGGUAUUGGAGCCGAUAUGGAUCACUCUCCAGCUAUUGAAAGUAAGCAACCAGUUCAAGUUUCAGGAGAGGAAAAUGGAGGAUCUCAUAAGUUGAUAUUUAAAGAUAAACCACAAAGUGUUCGUUAUGAAAACAGGAAUGAAGAUAGUGAUUAUUCUUCUUGUGACUCUUACUUUUCUUGUAAUUACUUGAGUAAGAGUGUUCAACUGGUAGAACCUGAGGUGGAUAAAAGUAGUUGUGAUGAGGAAGAGGCUAAGGAGCAUUUUAAGCAGAACUUAUAUAAUGAACCUGAAUGGUUAUACAGACUAACCGAUCAACAUGCAUUUGAUAGUGUGUUUUUGCAAAAGGGAAGAGAUAAUCAUCCUUCUAGCUUAUAUAUGAGCUUGGAACAUUUGAAAAUAAGUAAUGAAAUAAGGCCAAAUUCUUUGUCUCGUCCUCCAGACCUGAAUGAAGAACCAACAUUUAUUAAGAUUCCUGAACCAAAUUGUUGUUCAGCUGAUUGUACAGAGCCAAAGCAGGUUGUAACACAGUAUAAAUCUGACAGUAAGGAUGAUGACAGUUUGAGCACCUCAUUAUCCAUUCGAAUUGAAAAUUAUACUGACUACUCGGGUAAAUGCAAUUAUAAAGACACGGAAAGUAUCACUAGUGAUGAGCUUUGCUGUGCUGAUUCAGAGCAGAAGACUGAUGAUAGUGGAGUUCUGACGUAUAGUGUUUCCGAUGCUGAAGAUCUUAAUUUAACAAAUAGAAGAAAAUAUAGCACUGAUUUGCAUUUAUAUGGAAGUGAGGUUGAUGUGAGUAAAGAUUGUGAUCACCAUCACAUGGCGACUCAAACUUCAUAUCAGACUUCAUCAGCAUAUUGCGGAAAUGAGGAUAUUAUAACCAAUAACAGUAUGCCAGAAAAUGACUGCAUAACUGACAAACCGGUUAUUUCUUCAGAAAUAUGCUCAGUUGUUAAGGAUUAUGGUUCCAUGACUGCACAGAGUUCAAGUGAUGAGAUUCUUAAUGUUGUUGAACAGAGUGUAACAACUAACCGUGAUUGCAACAUUUUACAGCAACUUAAACCAAAAACAUUGAGAACAUUUAAAUUUGAAGAAUGUGUAAGGAAGAAUCGGCAAUUCAAACAUCGAGGUAAAAAAUGUAAAUUGCCAUUGGGUGUAAAUGUGAACUGCAGAAAGACAGAUGUGUCUGCAAGCCAUAGUUCAAAUUGUAGUCCUAGUUUUGAGGAUGCAAGUGUUAGCUCCACAAAUGGACUUCAAAAUGUAACAUGGAAUAAAAGAAUGUGCAGCAAAUGUCAUAGAAGACUUCAGUAUGAUGGUGCAAUAUGUGAUCAUUGUGAAAAUUCUAGUCAUUCUAAGAAAAAACACACAAGGCCAGUAACAAUUGAUGCAGUGAAAUGUGAACUAAGUAGUGGUAUUUAUGAUUCAGGACAUGAGAGUUCAAUUGAGGAGAUAGUAUCAUGGAGUGGAUGGAGAAGAACAUUGAAUGAGUUUUGCCAAAGGUGGAAGAACAGAGAUUUAGAGAUUGCUAAAGAUGUUACAAGGAGAUUGUACAUUGACUACUUCAGUGAUUUGUCUAAUCCUGAAAUAUACGGACUUAGAACUUACUUUGAUCGUCUCAACACAGGCAUUCCCAUGACUCAAGAGGAGCAAAGACAGUUUGAAUGGUUAAGGUUUGUCUCCUUUUACCAGUAUCAAGGCAAUGGAAACGGGAUUGCUUUAGCCAGAAAUGGGUUUUGCCAUAAUCCAGAAGAUGGCCCAAACUCCACACACUGCUUUGCCUGUGAUGCCAGAUAUAAUGAGUGGGAGAUGUUUGAUAACGUUGUUGAAAUACAUACACGUUUGUCCCCAAACUGUCCCCUUCUCCAUGGCAACAUUGGUGAGGGCACUCGUCGAAAUAUCUCCAUUGUCUCUGACGAUGUUCCACGACGGAGACCAGCCCAGCAGCAAACUGCAGUGACGGCUGAACCCACUGGAAGGAAUGUGCAGGACUCACAACCUGCAAGGUCCACUUCAUCAUCAUCAGCUGCUGCUGCAGCUACCUCUGGCGCUUCAUCUGUAUCCUCAGUUGCAGCUACCUCCACUACCUCAUCUGCAGGCAGUUUUAUUCACAGUCAUCUCCCUUCUCAAUCAAGAAACCCCAUAGCUACCUCACUGACUCGUGUAAGUGGACUUGGUAACUUUGGUCGCCCAGUUCCCACCACCACCCAGCAAGUUACUGUCCCCUCUUCAGCCAAACCUGAGUCUCCGUUUAGUGCCCCGUCAACUUCAGCAUCAGCAAUAGCUUCCUCUGCAUCGGCAGUUGGGGGAAUAGCUGCAAGUGUAGCCGAUACUCACAUCAGCAGUGGAUCCCAGCAUAGUGGCUUUACAAGUAUGCAGCCAACCUCAGACCCGAAUAACACGGACCGGAUGUACCACUUGAACCCGACCACUCAGAUACGUGGGAUGGGGAUGGUGGAUGAACCGUACAAUGAGAUAUCUGUACCACCACCUCAACAAGGCAUUAGUGUAUCUGGAGUCAACCGUCCAUCAUCUAUACUUGGUAAUGAACCAGUCGGGGCAGGUGCUUUUUUUGCAGGUCAGCCCCAGAGCAUGCCAGUCAGUGGACACACCCAGGUCAGCGAACUGCGUAGCUCUUCUGUCCCACUUGUCCAAGGAUUAUCAGGCUCCCCAGGGCUCACCCCUCACCAGGAGGCCAGACCACCCCCACCUUCCACACAACAGGCACUGUCAUACCAGCAGAGAGGCCAGGGACUAGGAGGAGGUUCUGGUCCAGGGGAUGCCCCACCUGACCGGGCUCGUGGUACAGGCUUACCUGGUCUUGACCCAGAUCUAACCGCCGGUAUACACAUUGUUAGCCCACGCCACCCAGACUAUAACACCCUCACGGCUAGAAUCAACUCUUUCAGUGGAUGGCCUUCUCACCUUGAUCAGAACCCCCGGAUGAUGGGAGAGGCCGGAUUCUUCUAUGUUGGUACGGGAGUGGCUGACUUCUGUCGAUGUUAUGCCUGUGGCGGUGGAUUACGCAAUUGGCAACCAGGGGAUGACCCAGUUUUGGAGCAUGCUCGAUGGUUUCCACAGUGUGAAUACAUCAUCAAGCUGAAGGGUCAAGCGUUCGUCACUGAGAUUCAGAGACAUGUCUCAAAUUUGUCGGCUUCCAACAGUACUCCAGCUGAAACUCCCAGGCUGUCUGAGAAUAACUCUCAAGACCCACUUGACUGUGAGACUGGGCGACAGCUAAUGAGCAUGGGCUUCCCCCAGGCCCGGACACGACGCGCCAUCAGGGCGCUCAGGAUAACACACGGUCGUGACCCCACACCUGAUGAAGUGUUGGACUGGAUGUUGGAGGAUCAUACUGACUCCGAGUCAGAGGACACUGAAAGUGCGACCCCGGCCGCUACCUCACAACCUACUAGCUCAAUCACCCAUUCUUCCACGACCACCACCACUACCUCCAACCUCACAACAGCCCCGACUGGUUCCAUCAAUGUCUCCGUCACUUCCUCUACCUCAUACUUUAGUAGGGGAGCCAGUCAGGAGAAUUCACAAAGAGAGGCUACUCCAUCCACUUCUACCAAUCAAAGAGAGCAAACACCUAGUGGUAAACUUGGGGAGACGACUACGAGUGAAGGAAGUGAUCUGAGGAGGGAGGCUGAUGUUCUGGCAGGAAAUUCUGAAAAACAAGAGCCAAAGAAUGGUGGUGGUAAGAAUAAGAAGAAGAGAAAGAAGGGUAAGGGAGGUAAAUCCAGCCAGGAGGAAGGGCCUGGGGCCACAGAAGGGGCCAGUGGAGGACCAGAGGAGGAGGAAAGUAAUGACAAUGGAACACAGAUACGACAGGAGAAUGAGAAGCUUAGAGAAAUGCAAACAUGUAAGAUAUGUAUGGAACGACAGGUGAACACCACACUGCUGCCCUGUGGGCACUUGGUCAGUUGUGACCGCUGCGCCAGUAGGCUUGCGAAAUGCCCAAUAUGUCGGACAAAAAUAAAAGGAUCCGUAAAAACUUUCAUGACUUGAUCAUCAAAGAGCUUAUUAGGAACCAAGCAACCAAUUAGGAAACCGUGAAGGUAAGAAUGAUAAGGUCAUGUUGGAGACCAGGCAGAGAAGCUAGCCAGGAUCUGCUUUUUCCACUCAAGAUUUAACAGGGAGGAGAGAAAAAUAUGCUCAUUACCAAGAUGGGGACUUGAAUCAUGGAUGCUGAAAAGAUUGAAUUGACAUUUAUUUGCUGUAUUUAAUGAUGGAUACAUUGAAGUUACAGAUUUCACAGUCAAAUGCCUGUUUUUGAAAAUGAAGAGGACGGACUACUGUUCAUAUAGAUGAGAAAAGUGGCAAUGAAAACAUGAAAAGAUUUAUAUGUAGACAUUCACUAAAAUUUCUUUUUUAUUCAAAGAACAUUAUACACAAGUUAACACUUGCACCCAUAAAUAUAUAAAUCAUGGAAACUGUUAUAUCAAAUACUUUGUAUACCCUCCCAUCAUAAAAAAACACUAAAACACUUAGAUAUAAAAAUAUGAUCAUCUGUCAUUGAAAAAAAAAUAAGACAAAAAAAAAAGUUUAGAAAAAAUCAAUAAAUCAUAGGUAAAUUGUUAAAAACAAAUAUUAUGGUAAUUUCAGUUUUAUUAAAAUCAUAAACUUGUAUAUGGUUCACUUGUACCAUAUGUAUUUAGUCUUUUUCGUACCUAAUGUAUUUGGUUUUGUACGGUAUGUAUUUGGUCUUAUAGCAGAUGUAUGUUAUCUUCAAUGUACUGUAUGUAUUCGUUCGUAUGUAUUUGGCCUUGUACCGUAUGUAUUUGGUCUCCUUUGUAAGGUUUGUAUUUGGCCUUGUAUCGUAUGUAUUUGGUCUCCUUUGUAAGGUUUGUAUUUGGCCUUGUAUCGUAUGUAUUUGGUCUCCUUUGUAAGGUUUGUAUUUGGUCUUGUAUCGUAUGUAUUUGGUCUUGUAUGUAUUUGGUCUUGUAUCGAGUGUAUUUGGUGUUGUAUUUGGCCUUGUAUCGUAUGUAUUUGGUCUCCUUUGUAAGGUUUGUAUUUGGUCUUGUAUCGUAUGUAUUUGGUCUUGUAUGUAUUUGGUCUUGUAUCGAGUGUAUUUGGUAUUGUAUUUGGUAUUGUACCGUAUGUAAUUGGUAUUGUAUUGUAUGAAUUUGGUCUUGUACCUUAUGUAUUUGGUCUUGUACCUUAUGUAUUUGGUCUUGUACCUUAUGUAUUUGGUCUUGUAUCGUAUGUAUUUGGUCUUGUAUCGUAUGUAUUUGGUCUUGUACCUUAUGUAUUUGGUCUUGUACCUUAUGUAUUUGGUCUUGUACCUUAUGUAUCUGGUCUUUUACUGUAUGUAUUUGGUUUACUUGUACCGGGUAUAUGUUUUAGAUGUAAUUAAUCAUUAAAUUUUCAUUAUAUUAAUAUUUCACAUUCAUACUCCUGUCACAUUUUAUUCACAUUUCUUAGGUGCUUGAUAUAGUCUUAUUUGUCUAAUAAGUAUGUGCUGUACAUCUAGUAUAUUAUUGAAGUUUAACAUUGAUGUAUCUGAAGUAUUGAAUAAUUUAAGUUUAACUCAUCUGUCUGUAUAGUAUGCAAAUAAUUGAAUUUAACUCAUCUGUCUGUAUAGUAUGCAAAUAAUUGAAUUUUAAAAUUUAACUCAGUACGUCUGUAUAGUAUGUGAAAAAUUGAAGUUUAAGCACACUAUGUCUGUAUGGUAUGCAAAAAAAUGAUGUUUAAACUUAAUCUGUCUGUAUAGUAUGCGAACAAUUGAAGUUUAGGCACACUAUGUCUGUAUAGUAUGCAAAAAAAUGAAGUUUAGGCACAAUAUGUCUGUAUAGUAGGCAAAUAAUUGAAGUUUAAACUCAAUCUGUCUGUAUCGUAUGCGAAUAAUUGAAGUUUAAAUUCAAUCUGUCUGUAUAGUAUGCGAAUAAUUGAAGUUUAAAUUCAAUCUGUCUGUAUAGUAUGCGAAUAAUUGAAGUUUAAAUUCAAUCUGUCUGUAUAGUAUGCGAAUAAUUGAAGUUUAAACUCAAUAUGUCUGUAUAGUAUGCAAAUAAUUGAAGUUUGAACUUCAUCUGUCUGUAUAGUAUGCAAAUAAUUGAUCUUUAAACUCAAUCUGUCUGUAUUGUAUGCAAAUAAUUGAAGUUUAAACUCCAUCUGUCUGUAUCGUAUGCGAAUAAUUGAAGUUUAAACUCAAUCUGUCUGUAUAGUAUGCGAAUAAUUGAAGUUUAAACUCAAUAUGUCUGUAUAGUAUGCAAAUAAUUGAUCUUAAAACUCAAUAUGUCUGUAUAGUAUGCAAAAAAUGAAGUUUAAACUCAAUCUGUAUGUAUAGUAUGCGAAUAAUUAAAGUUUAAACUCAAUCUGUUUGUAUAGUAUGCAAACAAUUGAAGUUUGAACUCAAUCUGUCUGUAUAGUAUGCGAAUAAUUGAAGUUUAAACUCAAUCUGUCUGUAUAGUAUGCGAAUAAUUAAAGUUUAAACUCAAUCUGUUUGUAUAGUAUGCAAACAAUUGAAGUUUAAACUCAAUCUGUCUGUAUAGUAUGCGAAUAAUUAAAGUUUAAACUCAAUCUGUUUGUAUAGUAUGCAAGCAAUUGAAGUUAGAACUUCAUCUGUCUGUAUAGUAUGCAAAUAAUUGAAGUUUGAACUCAAUCUGUCGGUAUAGUAUGAGAAUAAUUGAAGUUUAAACACAAUCUGUCUGUAUAGUAUGCGAAUAAUUAAAGUUUAAACUCAAUCUGUUUGUAUAGUAUGCAAACAAUUGAAGUUUAAACUCAAUCUGUCUGUAUAGUAUGCGAAUAAUUAAAGUUUAAACUCAAUCUGUUUGUAUAGUAUGCAAACAAUUGAAGUUUAAACUCAAUCUGUCUGUAUAGUAUGCGAAUAAUUAAAGUUUAAACUCAAUCUGUUUGUAUAGUAUGCAAGCAAUUGAAGUUAGAACUUCAUCUGUCUGUAUAGUAUGCAAAUAAUUGAAGUUUGAACUCAAUCUGUCGGUAUAGUAUGAGAAUAAUUGAAGUUUAAACACAAUCUGUCUGUAUAGUAUGCAAACAAUUGAAGUUUAAACUCAAUCUGUUUGUAUAGUAUGCAAGCAAUUGAAGUUAGAACUUCAUCUGUCUGUAUAGUAUGCAAACAAUUGAAGUUUAAACUCAAUCUGUCUGUAUAGUAUGCGAAUAAUUAAAGUUUAAACUCAAUCUGUUUGUAUAGUAUGCAAGCAAUUGAAGUUAGAACUUCAUCUGUCUGUAUAGUAUGCAAACAAUUGAAGUUUAAACUCAAUCUGUCUGUAUAGUAUGCGAAUAAUUAAAGUUUAAACUCAAUCUGUUUGUAUAGUAUGCAAACAAUUGAAGUUUAAACUCAAUCUGUCUGUAUAGUAUGCGAAUAAUUAAAGUUUAAACUCAAUCUGUUUGUAUAGUAUGCAAGCAAUUGAAGUUAGAACUUCAUCUGUCUGUAUAGUAUGCAAAUAAUUGAAGUUUAAACUCAAUCUGUCUGUAUUGUAUGCAAACAAUUGAAGUUUAAACUCAAUCUGUUUGUAUAGUAUGCAAGCAAUUGAAGUUAGAACUUCAUCUGUCUGUAUAGUAUGCAAAUGAUUGAUUUUUAAACUCAAUCUGUCUGUAAAGUAUGCGAAUAAUUGAAGUUUAAACUCAAUCUGUCUGUAUAGUAUGCGAAUAAUUGAAGUUUAAACUCAAUUUGUUUGUAUUGUAUGCAAGCAAUUGAAGUUAGAACUUCAUCUGUCUGUAUAGUAUGCAAAUAAUUGAUUUUUAAACUCAAUCUGUCUGUAAAGUAUGCGAAUAAUUGAAGUUUAAACUCAAUCUGGCUGUAUAGUAUGCGAAUAAUUGAAGUUUAAACUCAAUAUGUCUGUAUAGUAUGCAAACAAUUGAAGUUUGAACUUCAUCUGUCUGUAUAGUAUGCAAAUAAUUGAUCUUUAAACUCAAUCUGUCUGUAUUGUAUGCAAAUAAUUGAAGUUUAAACUCAAUCUGUCUGUAUCGUAUGCGAAUAAUUGAAGUUUAAACUCAAUCUGUCUGUAAAGUAUGCGAAUAAUUGAAGUUUAAACUCAAUAUGUCUUUAUAGUACGCAAACAAUUGAAGUUUGAACUUCAUCUGUCUGUAAAGUAUGCAAAUAAUUGAUCUUUAAACUCAAUCUGUCUGUAUAGUAUGCAAAAAAAAGGUUAGGCACAAUCUGUCUGUAUAGUAUGCGAAUAAUCGAUCUUUAAACUCAAUCUGUCUGUAUAGUAUGCGAAUAAUUGAAGUUUAAACUCAAUCUGUCUGUAUCGUAUGCGAAUAAUGGAAGUUUAAACUCAAUCUGUCUGUAUAGUAUGCAUAUAAUUGAUCUUUAAACUCAAUAUGUCUGUAUAGUAUGCGAAUAAUUGAUCUUUAAACACAAUCUGUCUGUAUAGUAUGCAAAAAAAUGAAGUUUAGGCACAAUCUGUCUGUAUAGUAUGCAAAAAAUUGAAGUUUAGGCACAAUCUGUCUGUAUAGUAUGCAAAAAAAUGAAGUUUAGGCACAUUCUGUCUGUAUAGUAUACGAAUAAUUGAUCUUUAAACUCAAUAUGUCUGUAUAGUAUGCGAAUAAUUGAAGUUUAAACUCAAUAUGUCUGUAUCGUAUGCGAAAUGGAAGUUUAAACUCAAUCUGUCUGUAUAGUAUGCAAAUAAUUGAUCUUUUAACUCAAUAUGUCUGUAUAGUAUGCGAAUAAUUGAUCUUUAAACACAAUCUGUCUGUAUUAGUAUGCAAACAAUUGAAGUUUAAACUCAAUCUGUCUGUAUAGUAUGCGAAUAAUUGAAGUUUAAUCUCAAUCUGUUUGUAUAGAAUGCAAACAAUUGAAGUUAGAACUUCAUCUGUCUGUAUAGUAUGCAAAUAAUUGAUCUUUAAACUCAAUUUGUCUGUAUAGUAUGCAAAAAAAAUUGAAGUUUUGGCACAAUUUGUCUGUAUAGUAGGCAAAUAAUUGAAGUUUAAACUCAAUCUGUCUGUAUAGUAUGCGAAUAAUUGAAGUUUAAACUCAAUAUGUCUGUAUAGUAUGCAAAUAAUUGAAGUUUAAACUCAAUCUAUCUGUAUGGUAUGCGAAAAAUUAAAGUUUAAGCACAAUUUGUCUGUAUAGUAUGCCCAUUAUUGAAGUAUAUGUACAUAAUCAUUUUAAAAACCGUAACUGUCCUUAUUGUAUGUAAUUAAUUGAAUUCUGAACGGUUUGUGCUUUGUAUUAAUUGCACAAGUUAUAUUAAUCGUUAAUUAUUCUAAAGUUUUCAUUGCCUUUGUAUAUACAUAUUUUUUCUUCUUAAAAAUACAAGAAGUUUAUUAUAAUUGUAUUUUUGUUUGGUAGUUUCAUAUUUGCUUUUUCAAUUUUAAUUUAUAUUGCUCUUGUUAGUUUGUUAUAUAUUUGCCCAAAGAAUCCAGUUUGAACAAUAUUGUUUAAUUUGAAUAGUUGAAAAUAAAAAAUAAAAAGUAUGCUUUUUGAAUGUCACUUUUUGAAAUGAGAAUGUGUUUUCUUGUUUCUUGAAUAAAGAAGCCUUCAUAAAAUUUAUCUAAGACCCAAUAUAGAUCAUAGGUUUUAACACUUGUGAUUUAAGACAUGUUAAAACAUACUUUUAACUAAGGUUAAACCUUGGCCUAUAUUAACACACAUGAUAAGCAGGUGUUAAACUGAAACAUGUCCUAUUCUGUAUUCUUAAAACACGCAACCUUUGGUUAUCCUUAUAAAUUUAUGAGAGGGGGCAAGUUUGCUCCCAACCUAUGCUUGUGUUUUGAAAAAUGACAAGUGUGAACAAAUUAUAUUAAGCAAUAUGAGACUUGGGGUGAUUUGCUUUAAGACAUGUGUUUUAACAUAGAGGGAGAACGCAAAAAGC